AGAUGUUAAGUCAAGUAAAAACAAAUCUAGACAAUUAUUCAAUUUUUUAUUACCUUGAUAUUAAUUAAUCAACUUCUUCUUUUUUGAAGGAACAAAGUCACUCAGAUCCUUUUUUCCGUUAAUUUUCGGUUUUAUGCGUAGAUUUUCAAUAAGCGAGCUCUCUAGCGUUUCCGUUUUCACUUUCAGUUUUCAAGGUUCUAUGUCUAUAAUAAGUCUUAGUCUUAGUGAUUUUAGUCGAGUUGUUGAAGAACGUGCUUUUGAGUUGGACAACUUGGACAUAUUUUAUAGAUCAAGAUCUAGAAUAUCCAGAUUCUGCAAGUUUUUUUUUGUUUUUUUUGUGGAUUGUAGCACGUUUUUUGGAGGAUUCAAUUAUUUCAUUGUGAAAAAUAUUUGUUCAGAAUGUCAAAAUAUGUGUUUUGUCUGCGUCAAGCCGUGAGAUAUAUUCAAAAAACAUCUAAGACACUCACCAAAUCAGACAUAUCUAGGUCAUGCCCAACAACGCACAACAUUUGCUUGCUUUGCCAAAGAAAUUUUGUCAAUCAUUCAUCUGCCUCACCAAUCAAAAACAAUGACCUUAAAAAAGAUGAAGAGGGCCAUAUAGAAGAACUGGAGGAAUCAUUCCUCCAAUCAGGGGAAUUAGGUAAAGAAAUAAGAAGUGCAAAUAAACACAGAGACAGAGAAAACUUGUCAAAAGACUAUAAAAGCUUAGAAUUUGCAGAGAGUAAAAAGAGUCUUCGUGAAAAAUCCAAAUAUUUUGAGAAGAAAUUCUUGAAACACACUCAAAGCAUUGCCUCUAGUGAUGAGGACCUGGAGAAUAGUGAAAGCAGAGUGUCUGAAAAAUUCUCUCACAAAGUAAAAAAGAAGACUAAAGAUGUUGCUUCAGAGGAACAGUUUGGUUUAUUGGCACAAAAGAUAAUUGGAAACACUGAAACUGAUAAGAGGAACCCUAAUGAAAGAAUAGAUGAAGCUCUUCCAGAAGAUAAAGAUGAGCCUAGAGAUCGCAGGCUGGACAUUCCUUUAACCAGAGAAGGAAGAAUAGGGAAAACUUCUUUUUUUUAUAACAUGCAAAUUGCAAAAUUUGGACGAGAGGGCAAGAUAAAAGAAGCCAUUGCAGUAUUUGAGGACACUAUGAUGCUGAGAGACAGAGUCAUGCCCAGUAAAAGAACUUUCAUUACAUUGAUUGGAAUUCUGGGAAGAGUUGGUUACACAAAGAAAGCAUUUGAGCUCUACACAAAAAUGAAGCAUUUAGGCCUUGACCCUGAAGAUCACAUUUAUACAAGUCUGUUCAAUGCUUGCGCCAACUCACCCUUCCCUGCAGAGGCCCUGAGAAAAGCACAAGACUUGCUGUGGAGCCUCCAGGAUCGAGGAAUAACGCCUAAUAUUUUCACCAUAAAGGCAGCCAUGAAGGCUUUCUCGUUGUGUGGUGAUUUCACAAUGGCUUUCAGACUUAUGGAUAAAGCCAGCAAAUGGUUAGAGCUAGAUGCAGAAUGUUUCAAUCAUCUUCUUAUUGCCAGCAUAUCGGAUAAGUCAAAAGGUUUUUACAGGGCAUUGCAGGUUUGGCAAAAGAUGAGAGAUUAUAGAGUAGUGCCUAACACUCAGACUUACAAUUUGCUGGUCCGGUGUGUUAGAGAUUGUGGUAUUGGAGACCUUAAGGAAUUUGCUGUGUAUUUAGGGCUUGAGUCUCCAAAUGCUGAUAUUGACAACACUGUCCUCCUUGGAGAUGGUCUAGAGAAGAGAACUGAUAAGGCAGAAGAGAACUGUCAGUUAGUUGUGAUUGGUGAAUCUAUUAAAAAAAACAGAAUAAGCAGGAAAGAAUUCAAAAGUGAAAGUGAAUCACUCAGUUCAACUAAUCCCAAGAUUAAAAGUUUGUAUGCAAAUACAGACAAGGUCAGCUCUGAAAAAUUGUAUAAAAAAACUCUAACACUUCAUGCAGUAAAUGAAACAAAAAAGGAACAGGGCAUAAACACAGACUUUUCAAAGUCUUCAUAUUUAGACAUAUUGACUGAUAAGAAGAGUAUCAACAGUUUACAAGUUAUUCCUCAAGAUAAGGUCUCCCUAAGUCAGUUGAAACAUCCAGAAGGGAGGCUUGCUGCUCUGGGAGGAGCUGGCAGUGUUUUGAAGCACAUGUCUGAGACUGGAGUGCCACCUUCUAUCCAGACCUACACAUUACUGUUAUCUUGCACCCCCAACAACCAACAGAGUGAAUUUCAGCUGUUGGCUCAUAUGGAGGGCUAUGGCCUGGUGCCUGACAUUGAUUUCAUGAAUGAUAUCAUGAUGAGACGCAAUAAGAGGCAUGAAUGGGACACUGUCAAGGACCUACUUCCCAUUGUUUCAAAAUUAAGACUAAGCCCAAAUAUGAGGACUUAUGCUGCCCUGGCUCUGACGUGUCGGACGAAUAAAGAUGCUCAAGAAUUUUUGGACACCAUGAAGGCUGCUAACUUAGAGCCAACAGCUGAGAUUAUGGGCCAUCUCAUUGCUUGCUCCCAUCUAAACUAUAACUACAAGCUGAGUAUGUUGAUGAAAUUAGAGGAGCUUUGUUUGAAGCCUACCAAAGAAACUAUUUUCAUCACAGAGAGCAUCAUAGCCAAAACAAAGAAACUCAUCAUUGAAGCAGAGAAAAAUAAAGAUGACAACAAUUUUGUACUUUCUCCACAAUUCCAAAAAAAUUUUCAAAAGUUUUUGAGAUUUUAUAAACAAUGGCUUCAGAGAACAGAACUUCCAACACCAAAACAUCCUUGGAAAGCUUACGAACAAACUAAAGACACAGAGUCAAGUGACGCUUCUGAGCUCAAGAAAUUGCCAGAAAGUUUGAAGGUUUAAUUAUCAUUUACAAAUGUAAGGGAAAGGGAGUGAAAGAGUUUUAUGUCAAACAUUUUUUUUCCCUCAUUCUCUGUAAGAUAGUUUUAGAGGAAUACUGUACGGAAUGUGAAGUCAGGCAUAAAAAAAAUGUUUAUCUUCUGUGUUCAUGUGAAAGAAAAGUGAGGCAUGUUAUGUUAUUGUUAUUUUCAGGAAGUGAUCUGUUAUUAGUGAAAAUAUUUUGAUUUUUGUUCUCAAUGCGAUAGAAAAUUAAUGAUCUAAUGUUUAUUGGGCAUCUUCAUCUUCCUUUAUAACCUCCAGGUGUAAUAAUUUCUUCCUAUAUUUUGCGCAUAGCCAACAGGUUUGUUCUCUACUUUGUUAUUUUGGCUUCUGUACAUUCAAAUUCAUUGGAGAGCUCCACAUGAACUUGAAUUUCUUCAAAUGUUCACAAGACAUAUAAAAUAUAUUGAGGGAGAGACACUCACACUUAGAGAAACCAAAACGUCUCAGAAAAAGCUAAAAAGCUUACAAAGAAUGUACUGAGAAAUUAUGAGAAAAAGUUGAUUAUUACACUCUAGGUUUUUUUUACAUAAACAAUUUUUGGAGGGGAGGGAGACAUUUUAUCAGGCUUAGGUAACAGUAUUAUCAAUGUUCAUUUAGGAAGAAUUAUCUGAAGAUAAAUAUUAAACAUUUCUUUGAAUCCAGAGUUGUCUUCUCAUGAUUUCCUCAAAAUUUAAUUUCUAUUACAAUUUCUCAAUCUUUUGAUUUUUAAAUUUUGUUAAGAAGAUUAAGUUCAUUUCUACACUGUGUUCACCUUCACCUAUCUCUUAGUCUGUUGAACCAUUGGGGCACCACACAUGAUCUGUUAACCAUCUUUUUUCCAUUCCUCUAUCUUUUGCCUUUAUAUAAAUCUCUUUUAAUGGCAGGCUCAUCCAUUGUUUUAUGUUUUCUUCCCAUUUUUUUUGUCUGCCUCUUCUUUUUCCCUGGUACUGUUACCUGAAGGAAAGUCUUUGCGAGCUCUGAGGACUUUGUGAUAUGGCCAUAAAAUUUUAGUUGGAUGUUUUUUAUGUUUCAUUUUUAUGAUAUUGUUGAGUAUAUUAUAUAGUUGUAAUAUAUACACAAGCAGUCUUCUCUAUGGAAGGUGCAGACAAUAUGCUAUCAUAAAACCGAAAGACAGCUUCCAGGAAAGAUUUUAAGUGAAUAAAUUUAUGAUUUUUCAUUGCA